GAAGAUGCAUGAACUUGAAAUUGAGAGUCGGCCCCACCACUCCACUGAACCCGGCCAUGCUUCUACCUGCGACCAAAAACAAUGCCCAGAUUAUUUCAGUGGUGCUUCUCAAGACGAGACCAGACUAGCAAUUGAAUCCAUUUCGAAUUGCGCGCCAAGAAACCAGUGCCAAGCCUUGAAGAUAAUGAUGAAAGCUACUGGGAUUACUCUCAUUGUCCGUCCUUGAACGAUCUCCAUGCCAGUGAAUUUCCACAAACCAGAAACUAAGGAGGAGGUUCCAGCAGCGACAAUGAGCAUACACAGAACCUUUACAUCUUUCCCUUCUUCAUCUUCUCAAUGGAAAUAUGAUGUCUUUCUGAGUUUUAGAGGUGAUGACACUCGCAAGGGUUUUACAGACCACUUAUACACUGCAUUGGAACAUCAAGGAAUUAGAACUUUCAGGGAGGACCUUGAACUUCAAAAGGGGAUGGCUAUUUCUCCAGAGCUUUUGACUGCAAUUGAAGAGUCGAGGUUUGCGCUCAUUGUUCUUUCACGAAAUUAUGCGUCAUCAACAUGGUGCCUGGAUGAACUUGUAAAGAUUCUUGAAUGCAUGGAAGAAACAAAAACAGUGCUGCCAAUUUUCUAUGAUGUUGAUCCCUCUGAUGUCCGAAAACAAACAGGAACUGUUGCAGAAGCCUUCAUUAAACAUGAAGAGAGGUUCGUGGAUGAUGCAAAGAAGGUACUACAGUGGAGAACUGCCUUAAAAAAAGUAGCAAAUCUCUCUGGGUGGAAUUCAAAGGACUGGUACGUUACUCUUUCUUUUUUCUAUUCAAAGGACUGGUAUCUCUUCUGA